GGUAGUAGGCCAUCGGACUCGUCCCUUCUCCUGGAAGUAGAGUUCCUGAGGAGACAGCAACAGAAACUUGAGAACCACCGAAAAAAAAGCCAUCCCCUUGGAUGAACGUUUUGCCAUCUCACCGACCCUAUUAGAAUUAGGGUGAAGGUCCUUCUGCAAGUGUGGCCCCUCACAAAGUUCUCCCCUCCCUCUUCCAGAAGGAGAGUCCCUCCCUCUUUCGUGUGCCUGAGACUCCGUCUCUCAAGCGCCGAGGCACCACCAGCGCCAUGGUGCAGGCAAGCCCGUCGGAUACUCCACCUUCACGGCCCUCUUCCUGAGGGAAUUGUAUUCCGCGGUUGCUGCUGGUAUCUGCUAUGCCCGUGGAGAUCGUCGCUGGUGAUGCUGCCUCGCCUUGGAGAUCUACCACCGCCACCACUAUUGCCUCUCUCUGAAUUCUCGAAUAGGAAACCACCGCCGACCCCAAUCACCGUCUUGGACCGCUGCCAACGCGUACUGCCGGCGUUUCUAUGUUCGCAUAGUUCACUAUCGCUAACGUGGGAACGUCUUCGUUUUCUGCUAUCGGCAGCAUAUCUCUGUGCGUGAGAUCCUUAACCGGCAGUAGCCGCGACCAUCAUCACCACCGCCGCCGCUCCUGUGGAAAGAUGCCGUCGGAGACAGCGACCGCCGGCACCUCCUUGUCCCCGCCCAGAACCCAUCUCCAUGACCUGCCGGACGAGAUUCUGUCCAUCAUCUUCUCCCUGGUGACGGACAUCCGAAGCCGCAAUUCCAUGUCGCUCGUUUGCCGGAAAUGGGCGAAGGCGGACCGCUCUUCCCGCACCACCCUUUCCCUCCGUGGCUACGUCGGAAACCUCGAUCGUCUUCCUUCCUGCUUCCCCUCUGUCACCAACCUUGACCUCUCGUUCUUCUCCCCCUGGGGCCAUCCUCUCUGUCUCUUCCCCCCGGACCCCCUUUCCGAGGGAGCCCAUCGCUUCGCCUUCCUAGCCCAGCGCUUCCCCAAAGUCACCUCCCUCACCUUUUACUCCCGCCACCCUGCCACCGUCCAGAUCCUCGCAUGCUAUUUCCCUUUCCUUCGCUCCGUCAAGCUCGUCCGCUUCCACCAACGCAUAACUGUGCCCGCCGGCUCCGACCUAAUCCCGCUUUUCGCUCAUUGCCCCUCCCUCUCCUCCCUGGACCUCUCUCAUUUCUACUGCUGGACGGAAGAUAUCCCGGCGGCCCUUCAGGCCCAUCCUGCUUCAGCAUCGGCCCUCACCCAUCUGAACCUCCUCAUCCUCUCCACAGAUGGCUUCCAAUCCCAGGAGCUCCAGGCCAUCGCCGCCGCUUGUCCCAACCUCCUCCACCUCCUGGCCUCUUGCCGCUUCGACCCUCGCUGCUUAGACUUUGUUGGCGAUGUCGCCCUGCUCUCCAUCGCCACCAAUUGCAACAAGCUCCGGCACGUUCACCUUGCAGAUGCCUCCUCUCUCUCCUCCCCGCGCUCCGACCCUGAUGCCGAUGGGUUCUCGCAUGAGGACGCCAGAAUCAGCGGCCAAGCGCUGGAGGAGAUGUUCAUCGCUCUACCGGACCUUGAGGACCUCACCCUGGACGUCUGCCACAAUGUCAGGGGCGCCGGCGUGGCGCUGGAGGUGCUUGGUUCCAAGUGUCGACGUCUGCGGUCGCUGAAGCUCGGACAGUUUCAUGGCAUUUGCAGAGGCGAUGCGCCUCGCUCGGAUGGGAUUGCGCUCUGCAUGGGCUUGGAGUCGCUGUGCAUCAAGAACUCAGGCGACCUCACUGAUCUUGGGUUGAUCGCCAUUGCCCGCGGCUGUCCUCGCCUCUCGAAGCUCGAAAUCCAUGGGUGUCAUGGCAUCUCUAGCUACGGCGUCAUGAGCAUGGUUUGCUGUCUGAGGAAGACCUUGGUCGAUGUAGGGAUAUCGUGCUGCAAGCAGUUAAAUGCGGCAAGCUCGCUGCAAGCACUGGAGCCAAUCAGGGGCAGGGUAGAACGUCUGCACGUUGAUUGCGUUUGGGGCGCGCCCGACUCCGAGUAUGCGGCGGAGAAGAACACUCAAGAUUUUGAUCUGAAUUGUUGCUCGGAAGCGAAUGAAGUCCACGGAUUUGCCAAUUGCGGAACUGAUUAUAGUAUCAAUGGAUCCUGGGGAAGUGAGGCUGAUGGCUUCAUGAAGAGGAUGUGGAAGUGUAGUUCUGAUUGCGAGAGCAGCAAGAAGGCAGGAAGCGAGUUCUGGUCAAAGACAUGGCCUCGUCUGCGCUCACUGUCACUGUGGAUAGCAGUAGGGGAGCUUCUAAUGCCACUCGCCGCGGCAGGUCUGACGUACUGCCCGGCGCUACAAGAGAUUAAGAUCAAGGUGGAGGGUGACUGCAGGCUCUGGGCGAAUCUCACCAUGCCUGCAUUCGGUUUGAAUUCGCUGGUGCGGUACCCCCGUCUCUCAAAGAUGAAUCUGGAUUGUGGGGAGGUGACUGGGUACGCGCUGAGCGCGCCGCCCGGGCAGACGGAUGUUGACCAGUGGGAGAGGUUCUACCUGCACGGGAUCGAAGAACUGGAGCUCAAUCAACUUGAUUACUGGCCUCUCCAUGAUAGCGCUAUGAACAGAAGGAGCCUUACGAGGCCGGCGGCAGGCCUGCUGUCGAGAUGCGUCACGCUGAGGAGGCUUUUCGUACAUGGAACAUGUUAUGCACAUUUUUUCCAAAUGUUUCUGAGGGUCCGAAACCUCCGGGAAAUGCAGUUCAGGGUGGACUACUACCCUGCGCCAGAGAAUGACAUGAGCACGGAGAUGAGAGAGGACUCGUGGUUACGGUUUGAGCAUGAGCUGAUUCACCGUCCUAUCCCGGACUGAGCGAUAGAGAUUCACAAGACAUGAUAGAGACGAUUCUAUUAUAUUUUCUCCUUUCUUCUUCUUCUUCUUCUCUCUGAUCCUGCUUCCGUAGACGACGUUUUAGCACGGUCCAACAGCCUUCGACCCUGCGGAGAGGGUGCAACAAAAGUAGAGAGUACCCAAAAUAAUGCCUCGUUUGAAAAUAUAGUGAUGCAGCUGAGUUAGGAUGAGGCGUUACUUCCUUGUAAUCACUCCUCCUUUUUUAUUUGACAUGGGGAAUAUCAAAACGUCCGUUGCACAUCUGUACCUAGGAUUCAAAGGAACGGAGGGACAAAGCGGUUUUCACCUUGGUAUAUUUUCUUGUCAAAUUUUAGGCCUCAUGUUUGCUAGCGAACGUAGAAGUGCUGCUGUGGUUCCUGCUCUUGGAGAGAUGCAGCUUGGGAAGCUUAUUAUGGUGCACGGGAAAUGUUUUGAACAUCCAGAUGAGCGUGGCCGUCGGCGUGGUAGUGAACAUGAGCUAUUUCCAGCUGAGUAAUGAUCCGGAAGGCGAAAUUGAGGUGAACUACUGCGUGAAAACAGAGGAAAAUGGAACCCAAUGAUGCUGCUAUUGCGGGAAAUCUGUAAACAUUUAAUGGUUGUCUUCAUCCCUCGAAAAAUAAAUUUGGGUAAUUCGUCGAGUUUUUGUGGAUUAUCGGCUGAUUCUUCAUACUUGUUUAGUAAAAAAUGCAACUCCUUGUAACUGCUUCAGUGCAUAGAGGACUUUUUAUUUCCC